CAUUUAUGUAGUAUUAUGAAUCAGUAUUUUAUGAAUUUUGGGUUCACUGUUGAAAAUUUAUCAAAAAAAGUUACGACAAAGGAGAAAAAGUCAUCCAGAAUACAAAAGCUGAGAAAACACCUCAGUUGUGGUUUUGGCCGCCUCUCCAUUUCAAAGGAAGAAAUAAUCCCAGAGUUCGGCCAAGACAAUGAGAACUUGGAGGCCAUGAUUGUGAACGGGGUGACCACCAGUCAUUCCGAUGUCCUGUCUACAGCAUGCGUGGAACCUGUUGACAACAUCCGAUCCUUGCUGGAACCUAAUGGCAAUGUCCUUCCGCCUUCGGCCUCGUUCAUCCGACCCUUGCCGCGGACGAGUUCGAGUCACAGCCACCUAGAUAAAUACCUCAAAAAGUUCGGAAAAUCCGUGGGUGGCUUGAGAUCGCCAAUGAAACGCCAGUGGUCAGCAGGAGAGUCCAAUCUGAGUCGCGAGUUCUCGAAGACCAGCGACCUGGAUGUCCGUCCCCGACUUCCACCCAGGCCCAAGUCUGAGUUCUUCAACGUUGGAGAUCCAAAUAAAUAUGCCAAGAAUUCCACUUCCACUUACGAGCCUUCCCUUGGUUUUGGUCGAUCUGAGUCAUAUAUCAAGUUGGAACAGUUAGGAGAGGGUUCAUACGCAACCGUUUUCAAAGGAUUCAGCGAAUUGAAUAACAAAGUUGUGGCUCUCAAAGAAAUCCGCCUUCAGCCAGAAGAGGGCGCUCCUUUCACGGCCAUCCGAGAAGCUUCCCUUCUCCGAGGCUUGAAACACGCAAAUAUCGUCACCCUUCAUGAUAUCAUCCAUACCAGAGAAACACUCACUUUUGUCUUUGAAUACGUUCAUACAGAUCUCAGUCAGUACCUGGAAAGACAUCCGGGUGGCUUACAUCCAAAAAACAUAAAGCUUUUCAUGUUUCAACUACUACGAGGUUUGGCAUUUUGUCAUCAGCGACGAGUUUUACACAGAGAUUUGAAACCACAAAAUCUAUUGAUCAGCGAAGUUGGGGAGCUUAAAUUAGCAGAUUUUGGUUUAGCGCGAGCAAAAUCUGUGCCUAGUCGGACGUACUCCCAUGAAGUGGUCACUCUGUGGUAUAGACCCCCAGAUGUCCUGUUAGGCUCAACAAAUUACUCAACAUCGCUCGAUAUGUGGGGAGUGGGGUGCAUUUUCGUUGAAAUGAUAACAGGGAAAGCAGCAUUCCAAGGAAUGAAGGACACGAUGGACCAAUUAGAUAAAAUAUUCAGGGUGAUUGGUACCCCAACAGAUGAUACUUGGGAUGGUGUUACCCAGUUCCCCAACUACAAACCUCAGAAAUUCGGUCACUACCCUCCUCAACCUUUGUCUGCUGCCUUUCCAAGGAUAACUGAAAUAUCUCAAGGCGAAAACCUAGCUCACAGUUUUCUACAGUUGCAACCCAGACUGAGGAUAUCUGCCAAUGAAGCACUACGUCAUGUUUAUUUUGACGAACUCCCGCCCAAAAUCUACGACCUGCCAGAACAAGUGUCCAUUUAUACAGUCUCCGGCUGCAAGUUGAGUCCAGAACCUAACAACCAGACAGUCAUCAAGAUCAAGCAAUGACCAAAAUUUAGCAUGUUCAUUUCGUUAUUUUUCAAAAAAGGAGCGCUACAACCUCCAAGAUGGAAAUUAAAACCGAUUCAUUUUUUUCUCGGAGAGUUCAAGACGCUGAUCAUAUCAAGGGGUCUUUCCUUUUCCAAAACAUUCCAGACAUUUCGCAGCAUCACCGAGGCAGGCCCUCAUCAAUGUGUACGAACUUUUCGAAGAAAAAAAAAUUCAGAACAAAAGCGCAUUAGAAUUUCUUUUGUUCAUCAAAAACUCAUUAGUUACCUAUCAUUUAUUUAUUUAUUUCAUCAUAAGCAUUGAUUGAAUGUAAAAUAAGUAAGAAAAUGGUGCGCUCAUGUCGUUGAAUGCAAUGUUCUGCUGAAAUUGUCUAGAAAGUUGUUGAAAUGAAGAUGAUGUUAUUUGUUCGAAGUGUCUACUGAAUGUGCAACUCGUCUACUAAUUUGUUCCCAUAAGCACUUUUGUCCAAACUUGUAAAAAUUACUUGCGGAGGGUUCAUUGUUGUUCAUAAAUUGUAAACAAGUUUAUACCAUAUUAAUUGUAAUGGAUAUGGUUUUUAAUGGUCAUUUCAUUUUUUUAAACUCUGCUAAAUUUUAAAAAAUAAUUGUAUUCUGAUUUCAUAACCUAAAAGGUUUAACGUAUACAAUUUUUUUAAAAUCGUUUUCAUUAUUUUUUGUAAUUCUAAUUCAUUUCGUUUCAAAUCCAAGUUUUAUUUUUCUUAUUUCAAUUAAUCUUAUUUCCGGGUUUUAUAUUUUUUAAUAACUUUAAGUUUUAAUUAUCUUUGCAUAAUCGAUUUUUGCUUUUUAAUUCUUAUUCAUUAUUAGGUUGAUAUUUCGCAAAUAAUUUCUAUCAAAUGUUAAAAAUAAAUGUAUUCUGAUCUCCUAAUCUAAAAAAAAAAAAAAAAAAUAUGUGAAGUAUGCAAUUUUUUACCAAUUAGGCUUUUUUAAAAAUCGUUUUCAUUAUUUUUUGUAAUUAUUUAAUUUCCCAUCCAAGUUUUAUUUUCCUUAUUUCAAUUAAUCUUAUUAUCGGAUUUUAUAUUUCUUAGUAACUUAUAGCUUUUAUUACUUUUGCUUAAUCGAUUUCCACUAUUUAAUUUCUUUUCCUCAUUAAGUUGAUAUUUUGCAAAUUUUAAUUAUUCGGCUUAUGUCAUUUAUCUAUUUUUGAAUUUCAAGUAGCAC